CAGGACGAGCUGGGCAACUCAGCGCUGCACCUAGCGAUGCUGGGGCUUCAUCUAGAGUGCGCCAGGUUCUUGCUAGACAUCGGAGCUGACGUGAACAGCCUUAACGACGAGGGCAAUACUCCACUCAUCCUCUGCUCGAUCUGCAUAUCAGAGGAAGCCGCAGCAUGUGCGAAGCUCUUGAUAGAGAUGAAGGCAGACCCUGAGAUCCAGAACUUGCCUUCCAACGGAGGAGGAGGAGGAUGCAGGGCUUUACAUUAUGCUUGUGGCGAAGGGAACAUGCCGGUGGUCAAGUACCUGAUAGAGGAGGCUAAGGUGGAGCUCCGGGCGGUAUCAAACGACAUGUUGACGCCGCUGCUGUGCGCCAUGAUCAACAACAGGUCGGACGUGGUCUCCUUCCUGCUCAAGACAGACGCGGGUCUCCUUGACAUCCCCGACAGCAACGGCGACUAUCCCCUGCACUUCGCCGUCCUGGAGAACCUGGUGGACAUGGUGCUGACGCUGUUGCAAGAAGGAGCGGACCCGCUCAAGGUGAACACGCGGGGGGAGACGCCGCUGUCGGUAGCAAUGGAC